AUGACUGAUUUCAAAAGUGCCUCGCCUUGCCUUUUAUACUCGGAUGUGUCGCUUUAUGACACUUCAUUUCAGAUUUAUAGUGGGCCAGUAGCUAGUUCAUAUAGUGAGGCAUCUGGAAAACUGUUGGGAGUGGAUGGUGCUACGAAAUCAAGAAUAUUCGAGGAAUCGAUUCUGACAGUCAAUGAUUUUCCGGAUACAUUCAGUUUCAUUCAACCACGUGGAUCCGAUUUGAUUCGGGUUGGAGAGCAUUGUGCAUCCAGCAGAAAUUUGCCGUCGGAAUUCCGAAACUUCGCAGAGGAUCCGAUAUCAAAAGGAACGAUUUACGUAGCAUUUGGGUCCUAUGUGAAUUUAGAAGAUGGACCAGAGGGAACAGUUGAGGCAUUCAUCGAAGCAUUGAACUUCUUUGAAGAUUAUAGAGUCAUUUGGAGUCACAAAGGAAAUGUUACCGGUGUCAAAUGCCACGUGAAACUUGUUAACUGGGCUCCCCAAAAAGAGAUUUUAGCUCAUGAGAAUACUGUAGCUUUCAUAACUCAUGGUGGUUUGAAAAGUGCAAAAGAAGGCGUUUGCUCUAGUGUUCCAAUGCUAUUUCUUCCAUUUUACGGCGAUCAACCACGAAAUGCUCAUCGUUUUGUUACAAAUGGAAUCGCUGAAGCACUCUACAAAAAGUCAAUUACAGCGAUUGAUAUAAAACAGAAAUUGGAAAAACUUCUAGAAGAUGAAAGUUAUAGAGCAAAUGUUGCAAAGGUAAGAUCCUAUUAUCUGGAUGCUCCAAUGAGCUCCCUUGACCUUGGCGCAUUUCACAUAUCCCGUGUACUUCGUCACCCGGAAUCUCACUUCGUUCGUUUCAAACGAAGAUCCAUCUCGAUGAAUCAUCUACAGUAUCUCAACAUUGACAUUUUCCUUAUUAUCCUUAUUGUCUCUUUCCUUAUCUUCAAAGCAUAA